AUGGGAUCCAAUUGUAGAGAACAGGAGACGAGUAAAUUGGUCAACAUGUGCAUCGAGGCGGCGACUGAGAGCGCCGCCGCCGUGGAGACGUGGCGGAGGCAGCGCCGGACACUCGAGCGCAUGCCGUCUCAUCUUGCGGAUGCUCUCCUCCACCGACUUCUCCGACGCCGCCUUCUAUUUCCUUCUUUGCUUGAGGUUUUUAAGUGUAAUGUGGAGGAAAUUGAUCUGAAAGGUGAGAACUGUGUGGAUGCUGAAUGGAUGGCAUACUUGGGGGCAUUCCGGUACUUACACUCAUUGAAUCUGGCUGAUUGUCGCAGAAUUAAUAAUUCUGCCAUUUGGAAUAUAUCAGGAAUGACAAAUUUAAAGGAAUUGGACCUUUCAAGAUGCUCCAAGAUAACAGAUGCUGGCAUUGAACAUCUUUUGACAAUUUCAGCUCUGGAGAAGUUGUGCAUUUCAGAGACAUGUGUCACUGCAGAUGGUGUUGCUCGUCUCUCUUUACUAACUAAUCUUUUAAUAUUGGACCUAGGAGGCUUAUGUGUCACUGAUUCGGCUCUGAGCUCUCUUCAGAUUCUCAAGAAAUUGCAAUAUUUAGACCUUUGGGGGAGUGAAGUAUCUAACGAGGGGGCCGCUCUCCUCAAAGUGUUCCCCAGCCUGAGUUUUUUAAAUCUAGCUUGGACCAAUGUUACAAAGUUGCCAAAUUUGUUCUCUCUUGCGUGCCUAAACAUGAGUAACUGCACAAUACAUUCUUUAUUUAAAGAAGGUUGCAGAGCUCACCUGGAGAAGCUUAUUCUUUCUGGAGCUACAAUUACAGAUGUCCAUGACACCUUCCUAAAUGUGGACACUAGUUGCCUUUAUCACUUGGAUUUAUCCAACUCUUCUGCUCCCUCGUUUUGCUUUUUGCCUUCUAUGAAGGCAAUCACACAUUUGAAUCUCAGUGGUACUUUGGUGGUGGAUGAUUCUAUAGAACACAUUGCCUGUGUAGGAGCAAAUCUAAGAUAUUUGAAUCUCAGCAGCACAAAAAUAAGCUCUGCUGGAGUUGCAAUAUUAGCUGGACAUGUUCCCUGUCUUGAAACUAUCUUGUUGUCCAGCACCUCCAUUGAUGAUACUGCUGUCUCAUAUAUUGGCAUGAUGCCUUCCCUCAAAGUGAUCGACCUGAGCUGUACACUUGUUAAAGGUUUCAUUCACCAGGAUGGCAACGAACCUGAUUGGGUCCCAUCAUUUUCGGCACUCCAAAAUCUUAGUUAUCUGGAAAUAUUGGAGUUGGACGAGAUACAAAUUCAAGAUGCAUCAUUGUGUCCUCUGACAAGCUUGAGCAGAUUGAACUAUUUAUCUUUACGAAGUGGUAUCCUUACAGAUGCAUCUCUAUACCAAGUAUCGUCUAUUCCAAGAUUGAAAUAUCUUGCAAUUCGUGAUUCUGUGCUGACUGAUACUGGGCUCGAUUCUUUUGUUCCUCCUCCAAUGCUAGAAGUGCUGGACCUCAGGGGUUGCUGGCUGUUGACAGAGGAUGUUCUUUCGUUUUUCUGUUGGAAGUAUCCUCAAAUUGAAGUGAAGCACGAGCUUGUCACUCAAGCAACUUCGAGAAGUUUGCAGCACAAACAUAAGCUGGGAAAAUUGUCGGUGAUGUCACAACUUCCGUUUGAUGUAGAUACUUUUAUAGAUCAAAGAUUGAAGUACAGCAGAGAAGAACUAUUGUCAUUGCAAUUUUCAAAUGCAUCAUUUUCAACUUCCACCGACCAAGAUUCCCAAGUUAGCUUCAGAAUCCUGGUUCAGUCCACGACAACUGAAGAUCCACCAGAAUAUUAUCCAUUAAUGGCCGUUGCUGCUGCUGAAUAA